AUGAAGCGUCGGAAGACACUCGUGCUCUGUUUCGAUGGCACCGGCAAUCAGUUCCAUGGAGACUCGAGCGAUAGCAAUAUCCUCAAGAUCUUCCGCAUGCUUGACCGAUCCUCAGGGAGUGGCUUCCACUACUAUCAGCCCGGAAUUGGGACAUAUGUCGCUUCUGCAGGCCUCAGCGCCAAAGGAUCCAUUGAGAAGAUAAAGAAUUGGUAUUUGAAAGCGAAGGAUAGCGCUGUAGGAACAUCCUUUGAUGAACACGUCGUUGGAGGAUACAAGUUCCUCAUGCAAUAUUAUUCUCCGGGAGAUAACAUCUACAUGUUUGGUUUCUCACGAGGGAGCUACACCGCGCGGUUCCUAGCUGAGAUGAUCGACUGGGUUGGGUUGAUCACCCAUGGGAAUGAAGAGAUGAUCCAAUUUGCGUGGAGGACGUUCAGCAAGUGGAAGGCAAUUGAUAGCAACAGUUUAGAGGCCAAGCGGAAACAGAAGAAAGCAUACCAGUUUCUGGUGUCCUUCCGAGAAACCUUCUCGAGGCCUGUGAGGAGAAUCAGGUUCCUAGGCUUGUUCGACACGGUUAAUAGCGUUCCUCGUUUUGAAAAUGCCAUGCUGAGUAGACAACGCAUACCUUUCUCCGCCAUCAGUUCCGCCAAGAUCAUCCGUCACGCCGUCAGCAUCGACGAGCGCCGUGCCAAAUUCCGCGCUGAUCUAGUCUCUCACGGCCUCUCUGCUGCAAAGGAAUCCAACAAGCCCGAGGAAGAGCAGCGCGAAGGCAACCCACACCCGAAUCACGAUUGGAUCCAUCGCAGCUCGCGGUACAAAAUGUCCAGGACCAUGCCUGCGAAACCUGAACGGAGGGAGGAGUUCCCUCCCGAGAACACAGACCAUCACGAGUUCCGCGGCCGUCGCGAAGACAGACCUGCAUCUCGAUAUCGCGGGCACUCGCGCGCACACAGCCACUCUACCUACGCCUCAGCGACCGAUAUCCGCAGCGCCCUAGGAUCCAACGCUCGAGACGCAAGCGUUGACCCAGCGGGCGAUGGGGCUUCUUCAAUCGCCGCUCCCAUGGACUGGGAUGACAGCUGGUCGUCGGAUGGCGACGAAGACGAUCAAGAUAUCCAGGAACUCUGGUUUCCCGGCGGCCACGCGGAUAUCGGGGGCGGGUGGGACGUGCAGCCGGGCGAAGUCCCCCUGAGCCACCUGCCCCUCGUCUGGAUCGUACGCGAAGCGCAAAAGAGCGGACUCGCCUUCGAUGAAGAUAAGAUGGAGAGCCUAGACUGUCUCGACGACAGCAGCAUCGAUGCAGGCAACCUCCCGCUGAUCGAAGUGUCGAACUCAGCCGGCGGCGACGAGCAGGUGCUAGCGGGCGCGGGCCUCGAGCUCGGGAACAAAUCCAACUUCAAGCGCAUCCUACUCGAAACAGCCACCAAGGGCAAAUUACACGAUUGUCUGCGUUUCCGCGAAGGUCUGCCUUGGGGCUCGGUCGUAAGGUGGCGCCUGAUGGAAUGGUUACCAUUCCGCCGCUUAGACCUUACGGAUGACGGGAAAUGGAAACCCAUCAGAUGGCCCCUCCCCCGCGGCGAAGUCCGCGACAUGCCCGCCGACGCCAAAAUCCACAGCAGCGCCAUCCGGCGCCUCGAAACAAAUCCCGACUACCGCCCCGGAAACCUGAUCCUUGGCGGUGGCGGCCGCGGGGUCAGGAAAGCGCCCAAGAGCGCGGGCAUUGGGGAGUGGAUAUGGGUUGGGGAGGAGGGGGAUCUGGUCGGUGGGUUUUAUGUUAGGAAGCCGAAGCUUAGGGAUGAGGCGAAUGGUGGGAUGGGGGAGAAAACGAAUGGGAUGGGGAUAAGGGAGAAUGGGAAAUAA